AAGUAUGAAUGAUUUUUUUGAUAUUAGGGGCAUUUUGUAUUUUUGAUAUUAGGGGCAUUUUGUAUUUUUGAAAAUGCUUUAAGGGUGUCUAAAUUAACAUUUCUUCUGACCAUGUUUACUUUAUUCAGAGUGACUGAGGAAGUUGUGAAUGAAGGUGAAAAAAAUGUGGCUUCUAAGAAGCCGGCUGGAGAGGAAGAAGCAACCGAUGUUAACAAGGAGAAUCCUGCAAAUGAGGCUGCUGAAGAAAAAGAACCCGAGGAGAAGGAGAUGACACUUGAAGAGUAUGAGAAGGUGUUGGAAGAGAAGAGGAAGGCACUGCUGGCCCUUAAAACUGAGGAGAGGAAGGUGGCUGUUGACAAAGAACUGGCAUCCAUGCAACAACUCUCAAGCAAGAAGGACAAUAACGACAUCUUUGUUAAAUUGGGUUCUGACAAGGAUAAGCGAAAAGAAUUGGCGGAAAAUGAAGAGAAAUCCAAAAAGUCUGUCAGCAUUAACGAGUUCUUAAAGCCCGCUAGAGAUAGGUACUACAGUCCCGGCACCCGUGGUAAGGGUGGGCGUGGACGUGAUUCGAGAGGAGGUUAUGGUGGAGGAGGUGAUUCGAGAGGAGGUUAUGAUGGAGCAGGUGCCAAGUGAGAUUAUUACGUCAUGCCCUCUUCCAUCAAUCUCUACUGUCCUUGUUUGACUAGAAGAAUAAUGGAGUUCUCUGUAUCAAAAAACCAAAAAAAGUUUUUAAUGCCUUAAAAGUAAAUUUCAGGUGUUUCUUCGUGUGUUGUUCCCAUGUAGCUUCCUCCCCCUAUACUACUAUGGUCUUUUUUUAUGUUUUGAAAGUUUGGGACACAUGAAAAUUUGAUUUAUGACUUGAAAUUGUUGUUGCUCAGUUUUGUUUUCAAUAGAUGGAAGACAAUUUAGGUUUUAUCUUUGUUA